AAUAAUAAAAUAAAAUAAAAAUAAAUCAGAAAGAUAAUUCUCUCUUCAAAUAAAUAUAUAUAUAUAUGUAUAUAUAUAUAUAUGUCUUGAGACAGAGUUGUGAGAUUGACAGAUCAAAGAAAAUAACGAUUUUUUUCACGAACAUUUAAAUACAACUUUGUAAUAACUUAGAAAUGCGAGUGUUGUUAUAAAAGUUGUACAAGUUGUAUAAAUUGUAAGGAAUAAAAAGAAAAUAAAUAAAUAAAUAAAUAAAUAAAAAAGAAGUGAAAGAAGAAAACGUACAAAGAAAAGGAUAAAGAAAAUUUUUUGUGUACAGAACCUACGCCUAAUUGAUUUGUUGCGUUGGUGAUACUUCUUCACAUAACAAAUGUCAAAAAACAAAUUAAACUUGACAUUACCACCUGGCUCGAUUGAACCGGUUCCAGCUGUAUCCCCAUCACCACCAGUUCCACCACUGCCUACAUAUUCAGAACCACCCGUUAUACCAGACGGUGUAAUGGGCAAGAUGAGUAUCGAUGCUAUUCAAGAAAGAUUAGAAGAGUUGGAGAUGGAUGAGGAGCAAAGAAAGAGAUUAGAAAGUUUCUUAGGACAAAAAGAGAAAGUAGGAGAAUUAUGUGAUGAUGAUUUUGAAAAACUUGGUGAAUUAGGUGCUGGCAAUGGUGGAGUUGUUAUGAAAGUUAGACAUAAAAAGUAUGGGCUUAUUAUGGCAAGAAAGUUGAUUCAUUUGGAAGUAAAACCAGCUAUUAAAAAGCAAAUCAUAAGGGAAUUAAAAGUAUUACAUGAAUGUAAUUUUGCUCACAUAGUUGGAUUCUAUGGUGCUUUUUACAGUGAUGGUGAGAUUAGUAUAUGCAUGGAAUACAUGGAUGGAGGAUCAUUAGAUUUGAUAUUAAAAAAAGCUGGUAGAAUUCCAGAACCUAUUUUAGGCACUAUUACAUCUGCUGUACUGAAAGGUCUAAGUUAUUUGCGCGACAAGCACGCUAUCAUGCAUCGCGACGUUAAACCAAGCAAUAUUCUUGUAAAUAGUGCAGGAGAAAUAAAGAUUUGUGAUUUUGGUGUCUCUGGUCAAUUAAUAGAUUCCAUGGCUAAUUCGUUCGUUGGUACCAGGAGUUAUAUGUCGCCAGAAAGAUUACAAGGUACUCAUUAUUCCGUGCAAAGUGAUAUUUGGUCGUUAGGUUUGUCACUCGUUGAAAUGGCUAUCGGUAUGUAUCCCAUUCCACCACCUGAUGAAAAAACUUUGGCAUCGAUAUUUGGCACACAAACAGGAAGUCAAUCUUCAACAGAGACUGCUGCGACAAAUAGCGAACCAACACCUGCUCAACAGUCACCUGGACAUAGCGCAGGUAGCCCAAGACCUAUGGCAAUAUUUGAGUUAUUAGAUUAUAUCGUCAAUGAACCACCACCAAAACUGCCAGCUGGCUUUUUCAGUGAAGCAUUCACAGAUUUUGUUGAUCGUUGCUUGAAGAAAAAUCCAUCGGAGAGAGCAGACUUAAAGACACUAAUGAAUCACGAAUGGAUAAAAACGGCUGAGUCGGAGAACGUUGACAUUGCUGGUUGGGUAUGCCGUACGAUGGAUCUUCAACCAACCACUCCAACUCGUUUAGCGAACGUACAAUCCUGAAUAAAUGUAACUCUUACAUACUUGACUACUUAUAUACGCGUUCAGUACUCCUAAGUCAGUUAUUAUUUUCCUUUCGUUCGAUUGUAUCAGGCAGUGGCGUUAUUUUUCUUUUUAUUAUUUUUACUAUUAUUUUUUCUUUUAUAUGUUUCUUAGCCUAUCUCACUGCUUAUUGUUUUAAACAAUCAAAUGAUAAAUAAGAUUUUGAUGAGGCCAAAAGAUUAUUUAUACUUAAGAACGAAGUAUAAACUCUAUUUAUGGCUAUAAAAUACUCAACAACUAUGAUAAAUCCAUGUUCAGAAUCGCCAUUAAUCGUAUUGAAAGAUAUUAAUGAAACGAUUCAAUUGAAAAGAAAAAAAAGAAA